CUCUUCUUCAAAAUUGUAGGCUGCACACGUGCCUGCCUCAGAAGGUGCAACAGAUACUAGUUACUUCACAAGUCAUUUCUCUUGGAAUCCUUCCGAUGAACAUGUAUAUGCAGCCAGUGAACGUUUAUCAACCAUCUGAAGAGGAGCUUAGGGGUUACCUUGACCCAUAUGAAGAUGUAUUAUGUACAGAGUGUCAGCAAGGUGGUGAUGAUGCUCUUAUGCUACUUUGUGAUCUCUGUGAUUCACCUGCGCAUACUUAUUGUGUUGGUCUUGGACAUGAAGUACCUGAAGGUAACUGGUAUUGUGAAAGCUGUCGGCCAACUGUUCUUGCUUCUUCAAAUCCACAGAAUCUGAACCCUAUGCCUGAUAAUAGAACAAGGAGCAAUUUUUCUGUUGGGUCACCUCCUAUUGCUAAUGUAAGAGAAAUGUUUGAUCUUAAUGAAAUGUAUAUACCUGAUACCCCUUUGGCUGAAGAGUCCGGUGAGUUUCAAUCUCCCCAAGAUGGUCAAGUUUCUCCUCUAGCUUCUGGGAUUGGGGCAUUCACAGACCGACGUAGAAUACAGCGGCAAAUACAUCAACUCCUUCAUAAUAGGAGCAGACAACUUGGUAAUAGUCUCUUUGGCUCUCAAAUUGCUCGAAGUAGGGAAUUAGUAACUCAACCUGCUGUAGCACAAAGGGCAGUGCCUCAUAAUACGUUUUUCCAAGGAAGGCAACCAGAGAGUAAUGCUCGUUUACCUUAAAACUGUAACCUUGUACCGGAAAGGUCGAGUAAUUUGAGUGGGCUGCUGAAUUUGAAUGGAGCCUCUACAUGAUCGCAAAGUUUUUUUGGUGAAUUUUUAGAAAGUGAAUUGCAAGGGACCGAUGCAAGUUUCGGCUUUGGUUUGGCUCAUC